AUGCCGAGCGGCAGCGCCGCCGCGGCCUCCCCCGCCGCCGAGCCCGCCGAGCCGCCGCGCCUCCCCCCGCACCCGCCGCCGCCGCUGCUGCUGCUCCAGCAGCGCCUCGCCGGCCUCGGCCUCCGCGACCGCGGCCUGCCCGCCGGCGGCGGAGGGGCGGGGGUGGCCCGCCGGCAAGCCCGGCGGCGGCGGGCGGGUUUGGCGCCGCCGCCCGACCCCCCCGGAGAGCCGGGGCCUGGCGGGGCGGAGGAGGAGGAGGCGGCGGCGGCGGGGGACGAGGGAGACCUGGAGCUGGAGGAGGAGGAGCUGCUGGCGGGGGAGGACGAGGAGGAGGAGGACGACCCGGCCGCGCUGCUGCUGCUCUCCUCGUCCUCCUCGCCCUCCCAGCCGCUCCCGCUGCUGCCGGCGCUGGGCUCCGUCCUGCUCUCGCCCUCCUUCGAUGCGCAGGAGGCGGCGGCGGCGGGGGCGCUCUGCGGGGCGGACGAUCCUCAGGGCAUGAUGGCGGCGAUGCUGUCCCACGCCUACGGCGGCGGCCUGGGCGGCGGCGGCAGCGGCGGGGGGGCGGCGGGCCUCAACGGCGAGCAGGCGGCGCUGCUCCGCCGAAAGAGCGUCAACACCACCGAGUGCGUGCCCGUGCCCAGCUCCGAGCAUGUGGCCGAGAUCGUGGGCCGCCAGGGUUGCAAAAUAAAAGCACUAAGGGCCAAGACAAAUACUUACAUUAAGACCCCCGUUCGUGGAGAAGAACCCAUCUUCGUUGUCACUGGACGAAAAGAGGACGUAGCCAUGGCCAAAAGGGAAAUUCUGUCAGCUGCUGAACACUUCUCCAUGAUCAGAGCGUCACGCAACAAGAACGGUCCUGCCCUGGGAGGCUUGCCAUGUACCCCCAACCUGCCAGGUCAGACGACAGUCCAAGUCAGGGUGCCUUACCGGGUAGUUGGGCUAGUGGUUGGGCCGAAAGGAGCUACAAUCAAAAGAAUUCAGCAGCAGACCCAUACCUACAUAGUCACUCCCAGCAGAGACAAGGAGCCUGUCUUCGAAGUUACGGGAAUGCCUGAAAACGUCGACCGCGCGCGCGAGGAGAUCGAGAUGCACAUAGCCAUGCGUACCGGGAACUACAUUGAGCUGAACGAAGAGAACGAUUUCCAUUACAACGGUACGGAUGUGAGCUUUGAAGGGGGCACUCUCGGAUCUGCGUGGCUUGCUUCCAAUCCUGUCCCUCCUAGCCGCACCAGAAUGAUUUCUAAUUAUAGAAAUGACAGCUCCAGCUCCUUGGGAAGUGGCUCCACAGAUUCCUAUUUUGGAAGCAAUAGAUUGGCUGACUUCAGCCCAACGAGUCCGUUCAGCACAGGCAACUUCUGGUUUGGAGAAACGCUGCCUUCGGUGGGCACGGAAGACCUUGCGGUCGACUCUCCCGCGUAUGACUCCUUACCAACGCCUUCCCAAACCAUUUGGACUCCUUUUGAACCUGUAAACCCUCUCUCCGGCUUUGGUAGCGACCCUGCUAGUAAUGCCAAGCCUCAGCGCCGAGGGAGCCAGCCAUCUACGCCUCGCCUGUCGCCCACGUUUCCGGAAAGCCUGGAUCACCCGCUGGCUAGGAGAGUGAGGAGCGACCCACCUAGCACCGGCCACCAAGCCGGCCUUCCCAUCUACAUCCCCGCUUUCUCCAACGGUACCAACAGCUAUUCCUCUUCCAACGGCGGCUCCACGUCCAGCUCACCCCCCGAGUCGAGACGGAAGCACGACUGCGUGAUCUGCUUCGAGAGCGAAGUCAUUGCGGCCCUGGUCCCCUGCGGCCACAAUCUCUUCUGCAUGGAGUGUGCCAACAAAAUCUGUGAAAAGGAAACGCCAUCGUGUCCCGUUUGCCAGACAGCUGUUACUCAGGCAAUCCAAAUUCACUCUUAAAUAUAUAUAGAUAUUAUUAUAUACGGACUUUUUAAAACUCUUAAAGGCAUGGGUGUAAUGGUACCCUCUAGUAAACUUCCUAAUGAAUUCUGACUGUUGGGCUUUCUUGGGAUUAGGCUGAAGUUGUUAAUAAAUUUCUACUUUCUCAAAAGGCUGCUACGGUAACACUAAACCUAGGUGGUCUCUGUCCGGUUCAGUGUAAGCAGAUGGCAUGUUUAGCAGAGAUACAUCUGCUGUGAUGUUGUGGCACAGCGAGGGGAAGUUUUCAUCAAUUACACAACUGAAAAAACAAAUUUUACAGGCUUUCGAAAGGAUCUCUGUUAAGCGUUUGACUUCUGUGUGAUGGCAGCAAGGAACCUCGUCGCCGAAACGCAGAAGUACUCGUCUGCCAUGGAGGGCUUGUGGCAUUAUCAAUAUAUCAAACAACACUUCCAAUGCUGCCUUCUUUACACUGCCAGUUCUGAAAAACAGGUUUGGGGAAAUUAUUUUUGCUUUGUGUGACAACUUAUGCCUAAUUCUUCAGCAUUGCAGAUACCUUUUUUUUUUAAAAGCAUAGUUUGAUUUAUUGAAAUGGAUGAUGUUAUUGGCAGGUUCA